GGGCAGGGAUGCCAGUAUAGCUUAGUCUGUUUAGUUGAGUAUUUUCCUAUUUAAUUAUAUGUAUUCAUCAUCCUUAUGAUUUUAUGUUCACCUUACAAUUGCUGGUACAAAGCCGUUUGAGACGACUGUUGUUGUGAUUUUGGGCUGUAUAAAUAAAGUUAAAAUUGAAUUGAAUUAAAUCCGAACACCUUGAACCGCAACCGGAAGGAGAGUCCAAACUUCCACUGAAUUGUCUUGAUUGAUUGUUGGCGCCCUCUUGUGGUAAUAAAUCGGUCCAACAUGUUUGAUGAGCAUCCAGCCGCAAACACAGAAGCAGAUUUGAAGUUUCUCUCUCCUUUCUGUCUCUGUACGUUCAAUUACCAUGUUCAUUUGUGAAUAUAAAAACAGAAAAUCCACAUCAUUUUCCAGACGAUUCUCAAAUUUUUGUAGUUUCAGCAUCCAAAAGAAGCUGACAACAAGGAUGAAGAUAAAAAAAACACACCAAUUUGGUCAUUCACACGUGACCAUGACGGCUGACAUCAUCACAGCUGUUGCCGUCAUUCAUGUGACGUGAGGGACGGACAGAUGUGUGAUGUCACCAGAGGUCUUUGAUCUCCAGAGUCACGUACAGAACAAUGAAGUCAAAUGACAUCAUCUCCAGACAUAGUAGAGAAUAUUGUCGAAAGAUGUCAUGACAUCAUUUGAUGUCAUUUGACAUCAUUUGAUGUCAAAUGACAUCAAAUGACGUCAAGUGAUGUCACAAAUGAUGUCAUGACAUCAAAAAGUUGCUUUAUACUCCCUCUUUCUGAGAGAUUUCAGACCGAAUCUUUCAGCACUUGGAAAGAUCUCAAGAGUGAUUUCCAAGCAGAUUCAGAAAUCCGUGUUUCCAGAAACGUCUUCAAAUAAAGUUUGCAGUUCUUUACAUCGAUCAGGAUCAGUGGCGUUUUAACAAAAACUUCAGCUCUUUCGCAAAUUCAGUUCAAUCCAUAAGCAGCCAUGUUUCACAACGUGUUUGAAAGUCUUGGAGCUACCAGCUCUUCAACUGAAUCUCAAGAAGAAACUCUACAUCAACAAGAUCAAACCAGCAGUUCUCCUCAAAAUCUCAUCCAUUCUGAACAGAUCGAGGAGAUCAAAUGUGACAUAAAUUCCCUCAGAAAGGAACAGGAAGUCCUACUAGAAAAACAAAGGGAGAUGGAAAAGUCAAAGUCAGAAACUCAAGCACUACUAAAAGAAUACCAUCAAGUGAUUAACAAUGUUGAGAAUUUGAAAAAGAAAAACUACGACCUGAGUUGGGACCUCAUGGUGCUUAACGUGGACAUCUUUGAGUUUCAGCAACUACCACACAAGCUUAAAACUGCAAAAAAAGAAGAGGAGACUGCAAGGAAGGAAAAGUCCCUUCUGACUCAUCAGGUUUCACAAUGCAGAUCCCAGAUCCAACAAGAGCUAGCUCUUCUGAUGACCACUCUGGACAUCUCUCCUGAUGAUCUGCACAAAGAAUACCGCGAUCAGAUAAAGGCCUUGCAGAGGCAAAAUGCAGUUCUACAGAAGAACUUAAAAGAGCUCAAACGCGAUCAAGACUCUGCAAUGAGGAUGGAUUUGUCCAACCUCAAAGCCCAAAAAAGCCACUUGGAGAGCCAAUGCGAGCACAUCCGGGAGGUGAUUCAGAUCGACAGCCAACAGCAGGAUCAAGAACUUGUCAAUUCUGAACAGAUAGAGGAGUUAGAAAGUGAAAUAAAUUCCCUCAGGCAGGAAAACGAAGACCUUCUGCAAGAACAAAGGGAGAUUGAAAAUUCAAAAUUGGAAACUCAAGCCCUGCUAAAAGAAUUCCAUCAAGUGAAUUCUAAUGUUGAAGAUUUAAAAAAGAUAAACUACGACCUGACAUGGGAAAUCAUGGAGCUUAAUGUGGACAUCUUUGAACAACAACGAAUAUCGGCCAAGCUUGAAGCUUCAAAAAAAGAACAGGAGUCUUUGAAGAAGGAAAAAGCAGUUCUGGUUGAGCAGGUUUCAAAAUGCAGAUCCAAGAUCCACCAGCAGACAUCUGUCCUGUUUGAGCCUCAGAGUCCUGCUAGAAACCAGCCAAAUUCGAUCCCCAGAUCCAUGUUUGAGAGAAAAUCAGAACCAAAGCAGGGCUUCAUGGAUUCUGGAAAGAUCCAAAAGCUACCAGUUCUCUUGAAGAAACGUCUGAGUCCUCCUGAAAACCACCCAAGUCCUUCAGAGCUGCUUUCAAUGGAUAUUGGAAAGACCCAGCAGCCAAGAAUUGUGUUGACCAAGCCUUUGAGUCCUCCUGCACUAAAACUUCCAACUUUGAUACCCAAACCUUGGUUAAUCAAAGAAUCAAGACCUACCAAGCAGGACCUACUAGUCUUCACAGAUGCUGGAAAGACCCAGCAGCUGAAAGCCGAUGAGGACGAGCUUCAGUUUCCUCCAGUAAAACUUCCUCCUCUGACACCCUUGCCUCCAAUAAUGGACAAACCAAGACCUAAAAGCAGUUUCCAAAGACGCUUUAAACUCCCAACCACCGAAAGCUAAUGUGAGGAGGUCCCCAUGUGCUUCAGCUAAGGAGCAUCAACCGGCAGAGACAGAACUUUACUGUUUUCUCUGA